AUGAUAUUCGAAGGAAAGAAAAGUGCUGCUGGUGGCGCUUGUUUGCAAAGAGAUAAACAAAAACUAUUUCAUCUCCAAAAACUUGUGCUCGAUCUGCAGCUAAUCAACGGCGUGAGGAGCCCAAUGCACUGGGAAUCUUGGCUCAAAUAUGUAUCGUCCUCAGAAGGGAUGUUGGAAUUCUUCGUGCUGAGCUUGGAGCACGAAGCCCUCUACGUUGUGAAGGAGUUGGGAAAUUUCCCAUACCCUAUUAAUAGCCGUACCUUCAAGAACAUUGAAACGGAUAUAAACAUCAUGAUGGAAAAAAUCUUUGAACAGAUUAAGCGAGACAUCCUGGAACAUGUUAGAGGCUCUUUAAGGGUUGAAUGCGAAACUUCCAUCAUGGAGAGGGAAGGCGAGAUCCUCCCAGAAUCGCAUAAAGAAUAUCAACAUCUAUUCUGGGCUACGUACGACUUUGAUAAGAUAAAUAUUCUGGUCAGUAUUUGA